UUCGACACCUGUCAUCUAGACACCUCAAAAAAACUGGCACUUGCUAUUGUUGUAGUAACGUUAAUUAAUUAAAAUUUAACGGAAUUAAAUUUUAAUUAUUUUUUUUUUAUUGAAAUAUGAAUGAAAUAGAAAGCUUACGACAAAGAGUCAAAGAGCUCGAAAAUGAGCUGCAAGAAAAGGAAGCUAAAGAUGCGAUAGUAACAAGGAAAAAGAUUGAACAUAUGUCAGAUGAAGUGGUGGAUUCGAAUCCAUAUAGUCGAUUGAUGGCAUUGAAGCGUAUGGGUAUUGUUGAAAAUUAUGAAAAAAUACGAGAAUUAACGAUAGCUAUAGUUGGAAUUGGUGGUGUUGGUAGUGUAACAGCAGAAAUGUUGACAAGAUGCGGUAUCGGAAAGUUAAUACUGUUUGAUUAUGAUAGUGUAGAACUUGCAAAUAUGAAUAGAUUAUUUUUCCAACCAUAUCAAGCAGGGCAGAGUAAAGUGGAGGCUGCAGCAAAUACCUUACGUUAUAUAAAUCCUGAUGUGGAAAUUGAAAUACAUAAUUAUAACAUUACAACUGUCAAUCAUUUUCAAGAUUUUAUGAAUACAAUAAAAUAUUCCAGUUUGCAAAAUGGUUCAGUCGACUUGAUACUGAGUUGUGUCGAUAAUUUUGAAGCUCGUAUGGCAAUAAAUACUGCUUGUAAUGAACUUAACCAGAAAUGGUUUGAAAGUGGUGUAUCUGAAAAUGCAGUGUCCGGUCACAUUCAAUUUAUUAUACCUGGUGAAACAGCUUGUUUUGCAUGUGCUCCACCUUUGAUUGUAGCAUCUAGUAUUGAUGAGAAAACUUUGAAACGUGAAGGAGUAUGUGCUGCAUCAUUACCUACUACGAUGGGUAUUGUAGCAGGAUUUUUGGUGCAAAAUACUUUAAAGUUUUUGCUAAAAUUUGGCAAAGUAUCUCAUUAUUUAGGUUACAAUGCUAUGGAAGACUUCUUUCCCACUAUGACUUUGCGGCCAAAUCCAAAUUGUGAUGAUGCAUAUUGUAAACAAAGGCAAAAAGAAUAUUUGAUAAAGCCAAAAAUCCAACAGAAGCAAACUACUAUUAUUGAGAAACCUGUACACGAAGAUAAUGAAUGGGGAAUCAGCUUGGUCGAUGAAUGGAGUGAUCAUUCAGAUAAAAAAACAUGUACAUCAUCAACCUCAGGUGUGCGACAGGCAUAUACUGUACCAAUACCUACCCAUGCAACCAAUUCAGAACAAACUGUUCCUGAAUCUACAGGAUUAAGUUUAGAAGAAUUAAUGGCAGAGAUGAAAUCAAUUUGA